AUGUCGGGUUUUCGAACCAUGACCAUUGAAUGGCAUGGUUUCAUGACACCCUUGAUACUUGCGAUCGUGUAUCUACAAUGGAAUGUUGCAGAAGCUGACUGGGUCUUGAGCAGCAAAGGUGUGUCGUGUGAUGCGACGUGCACGGGCUUGAGCGAGACCUGCGCUUCUGAGCGGAUGCAACUCAUUACAAGUGAGGAACAGAUGAAUUUUGCUGUGACAAGUGGAAGUCUGACAUCGUGUGCCCUUUAUGUUGCCGGUGAUGACGCUCUUGGAACAGCCCAGCCAUACCAGAUUGACGACUACAUUGAUGGUCUCUCUGGUCUUCCAGUGCUGUGCUUUGUGAAUGGUCUCAAUAGUAAUUGCGCAGCAAGUGAUCCUCAGCUCGCACGACUUUGCUGUUGCUAUAAUGGAGUUGGUGAUGUCGGUGAUCAAUGCCCAGUCCCCACUACGACCUCCACCACUGCGACAGUAACAACGUCCACGUCAUCAACUUUUACAACCACAUCAACUACUGAAACCACUCAAACCACACUGACUACAACAUUGACAACAAUGACCUCAGUGACUACCACUGCAACAACUGAAACGACGUCUUCAAUCACCGACACCACUUCCUCGGUGACUACAACGAGCUCAACCUUCACUACCACCAGUAUCCUAACGGAGACCACCACAGCCACCACGCAGACCACAAGUUCGCAAACUGAGACCACUUCCACAGCCACCACCAUCACCACCACCUCGGUGAGCACAAGCACUACGACACUGACCACAACUGGAAGACCAUCCACCAGCUUGGUCGUCUUAGCAAGUGCUGGAGAUACCCAGAUCGUGGUGGCUGAUGCCGGGGGCUUCUCCGUCAAUGAUAUGAUCAAGCUGAAAGAAGGCCGGACGGAAGAAUAUGUUGAGAUCAUUUCGCAAGGCACCAUCAGCGCUAGGCGGUUGGCGACGUAUCCCACCUUCCAGGUUUCUCCUCCUCUGGUCAACAGCUACGGCGUAGGAGCCACCAUAACAAACUUCGGUCCGGCGUCGCUGUUCACCGGUGGUGAUCCAGUCACCUACUUUGGUGGCAACAAGUGGAAAUUCUGGAUGCCUCUGCACCAGGAACUCCUUCUACUUGCCACGCCAGAGAUUCGGCUUUAUGGAAAGGCUUUCCCAGGACCCGAAAUCGGACAGCAGUGGUUCGAUGAAUUUCUGGUGGCUUUUCCAGAUGACACAUCCAUCGUCAAGGUGCGUGUGAAGCAGCAUGAGUCAAAUGGCACUGCCUGGAUCUCUCGGCGGUGUUCGUCUCCCCGCUUUGAGACGCUACAGAUCCACCUAGGUCAGGAUGCCUCUCCGUUGAAGGACAUGCGGCAUUUGGAAUACACAGCUGGCAAGUCGGUGAGAUUUGAGGUGAAUUGCCGCAACCAGGCUGCCAGGACAGAGUACCUUUACUUUGAGACUCCGUCCCUAGUCUUCGUGAUCACCUCCAGCCAUGCCUAUGUGGACUUUAGAGACCGACCCGAGUUGGCCUUCAAGUACAUGCAUUUGGAUUUCAUCGUCAUGGAGGCUUUGCGGCCGCAGACCUUUUCCGGCAUUCUCCCAGAAAUCUGGGAUCUACAGCCAAGAUCCGCCUUGGUGAAUGCCAUGCUGCAGCCCCCAGAAGGCAUGCCCCAGCCAUCGGUGACUCCAGAGCCCGUGCAGGUCUGCGAGGCACGAAGGCCAAGGCGCCAGCAGAUUGCGUGGCCUGAGCUUUUUGCACUGUGGUGCUUGAUGUUAGCAGCUGCUAGCAUAUCGGAGGAGCUAAGGUUGACAGAGCUGCUGGGUCAAGCGUGCCCAAGCCCAAAGGCAUCUCCGAGCCCAACCCGGGCUGAGCAGCAGUUGGCCGCGGAGCUGCCAUGGCGUUGCUGCCAUGGGCGCUGCUCUGGGUGCUGGGGACCUAGGCUGUUGCCUCAUGUGAACGCGAACUGGGAGAUUGGUGCCCAGGGUGCCGUGGAGCAAAAGGGGGCGUUGGUCGGCGAUAGUUGCGACACGACCUGUACAAACAACGGCGGGGCGACGUGCUCUGUCUCGGGCAAUAAACAAUUAAACAGCAACUUUGAAUUUGACUACGUCUUCGCUGACUUGGUCAGUCGGGGCCUCAUCCCUGCGGAAUACUCUGCGUGCGACUCGUACCAAAGACUCACGGAUGCCGGUGUUUCAGCACAGCCUGGUACCAUUUACUUCGAGGGAUACUUGCCGCCGGUUUGCUACCAAUACUCGGACGAGAGCACAUGCGCUGGCAUCGCUGAUGGCGCUGCCGCAACCGUCUUACGGCGCAUUUGCUGUUGCUUGCCGAACCCCGGCGAUGAUUUUACCACAGCAUGCUUCGUGCCUACAACGACAACUUCAACGGCAACGACAGAAACAACCACCACUGUGACCAGUUUGACUAGCACCACCUCAACCACAGAGACAAAGUGCCUUGGUCUUAAAGAGACUACAACUAUGACCACCUCGAUGACAAGUACCUCAACCACAAGUACGUCAACCACAAGCAGUAGCACUACCAGCACUGUAGUCACUACCACUUACACAGGAACCACUCAGACCACCACUUCAGUCACCGCCACCACUGCCACCAUGACGGGCACCGGCACGGAGUCGUCCAUCACGGUGACCUACACCAGCAUCACGAGCUCAGUCACGGUCAGCUCCACGAUGACCACCACCUUCACGAGCACAACAUCUUCAACGAUCAGCACUACUGUAGUGACUCACACUGCCACCAGUGUCACCACAAGUUCCACGACCGUAACAACCACCACAUCAUCAACGACUGUGACACAAGCUGCGAACACUUUGGUCACGCGAGUCGUGCCAGCUGGAUCCUCCCAGAUUCCAAUCGCAGAUCGCACGGGCUUCUCGGAAGGCGAUGUAAUCCUACUUCGGAAUCGGGAAGUGGUUGUAAUCGAAAAUAUCACGGACGAUGUUGGAGGUCGCAGAUUGGCUGGAGACGAAUCGGAUUCAGCUUACGGACGCAUCUUGUCCGCUGCUGUGCCGGCCAUUUUGGAGGUGGAUCCUCCCGUGGAGAAGGCCUACAGUCCAGGGGACAGCCUGAAAAACCUGGGUCCUUCAGCCACUUACACGGGCAGCGAUCCGAUCACCUUCCAUGGCGACAAAAAGUUUAAGUUCUGGGUGCCGAACCACCAGGAGUUCUUGAUGCUGGAGACGAGCGACUUGCGAGUCUUUGGACGAACCUUCCCAGGACCAAAGUCUGAUCAGCAGUGGUUCGGAAAUUUCCGAGUGGUCUUAUCAGAUGACACUCCAGUGAUGGAGGUGAACAUCAAAAGACCGGCCGCGAACCACAGCAGAGUUACGUCCCUUGGCAAUUGA